AUGGAGUGUAGGAGCCAGUUGGACGUGUUUAAGAACAGAUAUCAAGCUGUUUUUGGGCAUCCAAAGGAAGAAGAGAAGUUCUGUAUUGUAAAAGAAGAAAUCAAGCAUUGCAGUCAUGUUGAAGUAGGCUUUGACGAGAAAUUAGAAGACUCAUUUUUUGAGAAGGACAUCGGUAUUGAUGGAUACUUACACUUGAAUAAAGAGGACAAAACAAUGGAAAUUUGGCAAAGAAAAGCAACUAUGGUGUUGAUUACCGCAGGUAACAGGAGGCUUCUCGAGGCUUUUUCGGAUUCAAUAGAUAAUAGUAUCCCGUUCCUGGCACGAGCAAGCCUUGUAACUGUAUGCUGGAUGAGCAUUGGUCUCCAUUCCCUUGGGAAUAUAAACCUUAAAUUUAAGGCAUGCUCAAUCCUCAUGACACAAUUAGUAGAAUCUUUGAAUUAUGACAGGCCUCUCGAGGAAAGAAUUCUGGCAUCAUUCUCAUUACUUAGCUUUAAAAAGGGUACAGAUUAUUUUCCCAAACCACCGCCAAUAGAUAAAGAGCUUCUGAGUCGCCUUUCAGAACUCUCCCAAUUUGCAGUAGAAGAUUCGGCAGCUACCACAGCCCCUGCUUCUUCAGCGAAACUCUAG